AUGUCUAGUCAACCUGAUCGUAUUAUAUUGCCUCAAAAUGUGAGUCCAUUGCACUACAAAUUGCAAUUGGAGCCAUAUUUCGAUACAUUCAAGUUUGAUGGUACGGUAAGCAUUGAUUUGAAAGUUAACGACAAGGAAAGUGAUUUUGUUGAGUUGAACACUUUUGAAUUGGAUAUUCACGAAGCUAAGAUUAACGAUGUUAAAUCACUAGAAACUGUCACUGAUGAAGAGAAUCAGACCAGUAGGUUCAAGUUUCCAGCUGGGACUUUGAAGGACUCUGAUAAUGUGACAAUUGAUAUCAAAUUCACUGGUAUCUUAAACGAUACUAUGGCUGGGUUUUACCGUGCCAAAUAUAUCGACAACGCUACAGGUGAGACGAAAUACAUGGCUACUACACAAAUGGAACCUACUGAUGCUCGUAGAGCGUUCCCAUGUUUUGAUGAACCUAAUUUGAAGGCUUCUUUCGAAAUUACUUUGGUUUCGGAUCCAAAGUUGACCCAUUUGUCCAAUAUGGACGUGAAAAAAGAAGAGAUUUUUGAUGGUAAGAAAUUCACAUAUUUCAAUCCAACUCCAAAGAUGUCCACUUAUUUGGUUGCUUUCAUCGUUGCUGAAUUAGAAUACGUGGAAUGCAAAGAUUUCAGAAUUCCAGUCAGAGUUUACGCCACUCCAGGAUCUGAACAUCUGGGCCAGUAUGCUGCUAAUUUGACCGCCAAGACUUUAUCAUUCUUUGAAAAAGCUUUCGGUAUUGAGUACCCAUUGCCAAAGAUGGACUCUGUUGCUGUCCAUGAAUUCUCUGCAGGUGCUAUGGAAAAUUGGGGGUUGGUCACUUAUCGUGUCGUUGAUCUUUUGUUGGAUGAGAAGAAUGCCAGUUUGGAACGUAUCAAGCGUGUCGCCGAAGUUGUUCAACACGAAUUGGCUCAUCAAUGGUUCGGUAACUUGGUUACUAUGGAUUGGUGGGAAGGUUUGUGGUUAAACGAAGGUUUCGCCACCUGGAUGUCAUGGUACGCCUGUAACCAGUUCCAACCUGAAUGGAAAGUAUGGGAACAAUACGUUGCAGACGAUUUGCAAAGUGCCUUAGGGUUGGACUCUUUGAGAUCCUCCCACCCAAUUGAAGUUCCUGUUAAGAGAGCGGAUGAAAUUAACCAAAUUUUCGAUCAUAUCUCUUACGCAAAGGGUUCUUCUUUGUUAAGAAUGAUUUCUCAGUGGUUAGGUGAAGAUGUUUUCGUCAAGGGUGUUUCUCAGUACCUAAAUAAAUUUAAGUUUGGCAAUGCUAAAACAGAAGAUUUAUGGGACGCUUUAUCUGAAGCAUCUGGUAAGGACGUUCGUAACGUUAUGGAUAUCUGGACCAAAAAAGUUGGUUUCCCAAUCGUUUCUGUUACUGAAGAUGGUCACAAAAUCACUUUCAAGCAAAACCGUUACUUGAAUACAGCUGAUGUCAAGCCUGAAGAAGAUAAAACUUUGUAUCCAGUGUUUUUGUCUUUAAAGACAAAUUCUGGUGUUGAUCAUUCGUUAACUUUGGACGAAAGAGAAUUAACUGUUACUGUUGAGGAUGUUGACUUUAUCAAAACUAACGCAAACCAAGCAGGUAUCUACGUCACUUCAUACUCUGAUGAUAGAUGGACUACUUUAUCCAAACAAUCUGAUUUGUUGACUGUUGAAGACCGAACUGGUUUAGUUGCUGAUUGUAAGACGUUGUCCUUGUCAGGUUAUACUUCCACCAAAAAUUUCUUACAAUUGAUUUCUCAAUGGAAAAACGAGGACUCCUUUGUUGUCUGGGAGCAGAUGAUAAACAGUUUGGGAUCUUUGAAGGCUGCUUGGGCCUUUGAGCCAAAGGAAACUUUGGAAGCCUUGGAUGAAUUUACUAGACAAUUGGUCUCAGAGAAGACCCACUCUUUGGGCUGGGAAUUCUCAGAGAACGAGUCUUACGCGUCUCAAAGGUUGAAGGUUGAAAUGUUCUCAUCCUCCGCUGCAGCAAAGGAUCCAGUUGUCGUUAAGGCCGCUUUGAAAAUGUUUGAGAAAUACACUUCUGGCGACAGCAACGCUAUUCCACCAUUGAUUAAAUCAUCCGUAUUCGGUACUGUUGCCAGAGACGGUAAUGCCAAAAAUUACGAAAAGUUAUUUGCUAUUUACAAAAAUCCUUCCUCGUCUGACGAAAAGCUUUCUGCUUUAAGAUGCUUAGGUAGAUUUGAAGACCCGGCUUUGAUGAAAAGAACUCUUGGUUAUCUGUUUGACGGAACCGUGUUGAACCAGGAUAUUUAUAUUCCUAUGGGCGGUAUGAGAGGUCAUAAGGAAGGUAUCAAAACCCUCUGGGCUUGGACCAAAGAAAACUGGGACGCUCUUCACAAAAAAUUUCCACCCUCUUUGACUAUGUUGGGCUCAAUCUUGACUGUCGCUACAUCUGGGUUUACUUCUCGUCAAGCAAUUGAUGAAAUUGAAGACUUUUUCAAGGAUAAGUCCACCAAGGGUUUCGACCAAAGUUUGGCACAAACUUUAGAUACUAUAACAUCUAAGGCUAACUGGGUUGAUAGAGACCGCGAAGUGGUUGUUAAAUUCUUGAAGGAACAUAACUAUUACAAAUAG